GCAGUAUCUCUCCGGUCGCGCACGUGGAGAGACGCCGCCGCUCGCGCCCCUUGGUUUAUGACUCGUGAGAAGCUCGCGCCCCUUGGUUCAUGACCCGUGAGAAGCUCGCGCGGUCUCGAGCCCGACGCUGUCAUCACCCGCGGCGCUUUUCACGCACUCCGCAGGGCCGUCGCGCGACCGGAGCAGCGUUUGGCGGACCGCGCAGAGAAUGAGUGCCGCGUAGCUCCGCGCGUCGCUGUUAUCUCCCCCACUCGCCCCCCGGGCCGCGCGCUCAGGGCCGAGUCGUUGUACACAAGAAUGGUAGAUAAAGGCCCCUUGUUGACAUCUGCCAUUAUUUUUUACCUGUCCAUUGGGGCAGCGAUUUUUCAAGUCUUGGAGGAGCCCAACUGGAAGGCGGCUGCGAAGCGCUAUAGAGACCAGAAGGACACAAUACUUAAGGACUAUCCCUGUCUGACCAAAGACGAUUUGGACAAAAUAUUAGAGGUGGUGUCUGAUGCUGCAGACCAAGGGGUCACCAUAACUGGCAGCAAGACCUUCAACAACUGGAACUGGCCAAACGCUGUUAUCUUUGCUGCCACUGUCAUCACCACCAUCGGAUAUGGGAACAUUGCCCCUAAAACAUCAGCAGGCCGUGUGUUUUGCAUCUUCUACGGCCUGUUUGGGGUGCCGUUGUGUCUUUCCUGGAUCAGUGAGCUGGGAAAGUUCUUUGGUGGCAGAGCCAAGCACCUGGGCCAGUAUCUAACCAAGAAAGGAUUUUCACUGAGAAAGGCUCAAUUCACCUGCACAGCGAUAUUUCUCCUCUGGGGUGUACUGGUGCAUUUAGUCCUUCCACCCUUUGUGUUUAUGUCCCAAGAGGGUUGGACAUAUGUAGAAGGAUUGUACUUCUCCUUUGUCACCUUGACCACCAUUGGUUUUGGAGACUUGGUGGCAGGUGUGGAACCAAAUACAGAAUACCCAACUCUGUACCGUUAUUUUGUGGAAGUGUGGAUUUAUCUGGGGUUGGCCUGGCUUUCUUUGUUUUUCAACUGGAAAGUGCGGAUGGUGAUUGAGGCCCACAAGGCACUGAAGAAGCGCCGCAGGCUGCGCAAGCUAUCUCUUGAUGAACUCCAGCACUACAAAGAGUCUCACAAGGCUGCGCUUCGUCUGCCACCGACUCCCAAUGACGUCAACAUCUUCAGCUUCCUUUCCAAGAAGAAGGAGGGCUAUAAUGACUUGAUCAAACAGAUCGGCCCCAAAAAAGAUGACAAGAACCACGGCACCGAAGCCAUCGCCAUAAAUAAAUCCAAAGAUACUGUUCGUUCAAAGAGCUGCAACGAUGCUCCCAGUUUGAACAGCCACACCAUCCUUAGUCUGGACCGAUCGCCGCGCCAAAAGAGGCGCUACAGUUUCAGCGACCGAGUCACUGUUGCUUUUUCCAAGUCCAAGAACUACCUGCUGGGCGCAGAUAGUGGUUCGCUACUAACAGAGGACCAAGUAGAAGGUGAGGUGGACCUCGACCAGGGCCGAAUGUACGAGAACCAGCUGGACAAGGAGGUAGACCUAAAGAACGGAGGGGGGGGGGAUUGUGAAGUAGGCGGUCGAAGGACAUGGGACUCAAAGGAGUUCCACCCCCUAACAUUCAAAAAUGCAAACAUUACUUUCAUAGACGAGAACUUUCUCAGUGAUGACUUGGAGGAGGAAAAUUAUGAGGAUUCUAAGGCAAAACUAUCCAUUACUACGUGUGAUGAAAACGUUGAAACAAACUCCAAGGAGGAGCGUGGUUCUGAAUCCGAGGGGUCGGUCUUCACUGGUGACGGUUCGGAACACAGCCACUCGUAUGAGAAACUGGUGGAGGAAUAUGCAAAGGAAGAUAAUACCGAAUCUUGAUAUCACAAAGCCUUCAACUGUCCUUCAAAGUCCAAACGUCUUCCUGGUUCCGUUAUAUUCCAAUAGGAAUUGUUUGAAUGAAUAUCAGUCCCAUUGGACUUUUGGGGAUCUGAUAAUGACUUUAAAGGCUGGAUCAAAUUUCUAUGAAAGGUUCUGUUCAUAGAUGAAAGUCUGAGUUUUCCCAUCAACUCUUGUACAAUCUUCUAACCCAGGAGUAUUUAACAACUACUCUAUUUGUGCCUUUUUAUGUAGUCUGAGAAACUAAAUCCCUCACCUUUUGUAAUGUCCGAACAAGAACCAUUUACCCUGAGGUCUGGUAAGAGAAUAUGUGGAAAUGUAUUUGGUUCCCCGUAGUUCAUGCUAUGCCUAUACACCAUAUUGGUGUUUUUCAUAUUUAUUCAAAUGAAGGACAUACUGUAGUAGCUUUUAUCCAAUGGGUUUAUGUUUUCCAUUGCACAAUUCCACCUAAUGAGGACAGUUUAAAGUCUGUCAGUGCAGACUUUAUUUUUUUAAAAACCUGAGCCAAACAUUUGUCCUUACUGAAGGGGGUUAAGGGCAAAUACCUUUUUUUUCCCAUGGUAUGUCACUUUGAAGUCCUUGUUGCUUAGCUGUGUCUGAUAUUUCAGUUUUUUAUUUGUUACUGUGAACCAUAGCAUUGUGACAUGCACUAGGGGUUAACUGUGAUGCACGGCAACCUGUCGGGGGGUCUAGAACUAACUGAAUAACUUUUAUUUUUUGUAUCAAUAGGGAAGCAUUAAUGGCAAAUGUGAAUGUCCUGCCGAGAGACACUCUAUAAUUAUAUUUGAUAAGCAGCCUCCCUUUAUUUUAUUACCGCUAUAAAAGAACAAUCACCUUUGGAAAUGAUUCUCAGCCUUGAAGAUUACCCUCAAAUUGCUUCAGUGAACACAUUGUUUUAUUGUUGCUUUGCUGUUGACGUGUCAAUCUGUGGUGUCCGCCGUCUAUCGCGGCGGAAACUCAACCUUUUACAGCAACGUUGUUUUGUUUGUUGUCUCUUUUUGUCGGACCGUUUUUCUUCAUUGCAUUUGUCAUGUAAAGACUGACCAACAAGACUGUUGGGAGCCACAAACCCAGUUCUUCCUGGGGAAGCCGUGGCCCGGCUGCUCAUGUUUGCCUUUGGGGGCACGCACACUGACCAGGUUAAAGCAAGCGGUCGAUGCUCUGACGUACGUCUCGGUCAGGAGACCUGGAGCCCGAGGAAUCGGUGCUCAUAACUAUUGUGUUGUACUUCCCCCUUGUUUCAUGUGUACACAAGCUUAAACUCCAGGGACCAUUUAUUUCAUUGCUUUGCCCAGUCUGACUGGGCAAGGACUUUAGAAAAGGUCCUUACCCGCUGCCUUUUGCACGCGUUAACUUGCACACAAACUGGUACAGUGGAUAUCGAGAUUGCUAAGCUUUAAAUUUUACCAGCUCAUGGAUAAUACAGAUGAAAUAUGGUCAAAAUGAUGGACCACAUCUCAAAAGGUCCUUAAGUCCAAACACAUUAAAACCCAUUGCGCCAAGAUGUUUCAGAAAGUUGCUCCAUUGUGUAGAACUCCAUUUUUUUUUUAAUUAUUAAGUUAUUCACGUUUGCAUGUAAAAUCCAAACAAACCUGUUUUUCAUGUUAAUAAACAUUUAAUAAAACUUGA